CUUGCCAGCUGGGACAGUCCAAGCAGAGAGACCGACCUCACCAUGACGACUUACACAGACAAAGGAGAAAAGCCCCUGAGAGGCCAAUUUCUCCACUUUCACUCAGUGACCUUCUGGGUUGGAAAUGCGAAGCAGGCGGCCUCAUUCUACUGUAACAAGAUGGGGUUUGAGCCCCUGGCUUAUCGGGGGCUGGAGACGGGCUCCAGGGAGGUGGUGUCUCACGUCAUCAAGCAGGAUAAGAUAAUAUUCAUCUUUUCCUCGGCUCUCAACCCGGGAAAUAAAGAGAUGGGGGAGCACUUAGUGAAACAUGGAGACGGUGUGAAGGACGUCGCCUUCCAGGUGGAGGACUGCGACUUUAUCGUGCAGAAAGCCCGAGAGCGAGGUGCUGCGAUCGUGAAGGAGCCUUGGGUGGAGCAGGACAAGAACGGGCGGGUUAAGUUUGCCGUGCUACAGACGUACGGAGACACCACACACACCCUGAUAGAGAAGAUAGACUACAAGGGGCCCUUCCUUCCGGGCUAUGAGGCUCCGCUGUUCCUGGACCCACUGCUGCCCAAACUGCCGGCCUGCAAGCUGAACUUCAUCGACCACGUAGUCGGCAACCAGCCAGACCAUGAGAUGGUGCCUGCAGUCGAGUGGUACCAGAAAAACCUCCUGUUCCACCGCUUCUGGUCUGUGGAUGACAAGCAGGUGCACACCGACUUCAGUGCCCUGCGUUCCAUCGUGGUGGCUAACUAUGAGGAGACCAUCAAGAUGCCCAUCAAUGAGCCAGCCCUGGGCAAGAAAAAGUCUCAGAUCCAGGAAUACGUGGAGUACUACGGGGGAGCUGGCGUCCAGCACAUUGCUCUCAACACUCAGGACAUCAUCUCUGCGAUCGCGCACUUGAAAGAACGUGGCACGGAGUUCAUGUCGGUGCCCUCCACAUACUACACGCAACUGCGGGAGAAGCUCAAGACUGCCAAGAUCCGGGUGAAGGAAAACAUCAAACAGCUGGAGGAGCUGAAGAUUCUGGUGGAUUAUGACGAGAAAGGCUACCUGCUUCAGAUCUUCACCAAGCCCAUGCAGGACCGGCCCACUCUCUUCCUGGAGGUCAUUCAGCGCCACAAUCACCAGGGCUUUGGAGCUGGCAACUUCACCUCCCUGUUCAAAGCCAUCGAGGAGGACCAGCAGGCUCGUGGCAACCUCACCGUGCUCUCACCCAAUGGCGAGGUCUCUGCCAUGUAGGCCUCCACCUCAGGCCCCGGGCAGGCAGCCACUUGGCUGGGCGCUCUGAUCGCUUCUCCAGCUCUCUACCCUCCCCUUGCUCAGACCUCACUGAAAGUCUUGCCCAGUUUAAUUGGUUCUGGACAGUCUUCCCACCUCCGGCCUCUAUGGCCCCACCCGGCUCAGCCUGCCUAGUCCUACCACAGUUGCCAGGCUCCUCCUCACCCGCCAGUCCUCCAGGGAUCACCCCCACUAGACUGGAAGCUCCCUCGGGGCAGGGACAGCAUCUCUCCCUUCCUCUGUCACUUCCCUCAGCUCCCAGGGGCUCUGCACAGAGCGGCCACUCCAUCCAUACCUAGGACUGCCCCCGGGGGAAGUGAGACGUGCCCUGGGUCCCCUGCCUGACCUUGAGGCAGACAAGGCGAGAUGAGGGUGAAGGUGAGGGCAGGGCUGGAGUCUUUGCUGCAGGAUCACUAGGGGCUCAGACCCAAUGAGCAAAGCAGCCUGUCUCACCGGCCAGGGAAAAUAAAAUGGCUGAAGUUCCAGA